AUGGACCCAUCGCACAACCUCACAAACGGCUCUAUUUCAGGCUCUUGCACGACAGAAGAUCUUGUGGACAUCUGCAUGUAUCCUUCAGCCUACUCAAUAUUCUUCAUCAUCGGGUUCCCGGCCAACUGCCUCUCUUUUUAUGUGGCGUUGGUCCUGGCACGGAAAGGGAAUAACCUGGCUGUGUAUCUGGUGAAUCUGUCCUUUUCAGACCUCCUGUACACCAUCACCCUGCCAGUGUGGAUUCAGCUAGCGCUAGGCUACCCCGUCAGCGACACCCUCUGCAGCCUCAUAACCGUCAUCAUGAACAACAGCUUCUACGUCGGCACCUCUUUUCUCUGCUGCAUCUCCGUGGAUCGGUACCUGGCGGUGGUCUUCCCGUUACACUACCCAGGUGCCCACACGGUGCAGGUAGCCAGCGCUGUGAGCGCCCUGGUGUGGUGCAUGGAGCUGGGCCUGCAUGCGGUCCUCCUGCACCACCAGGGGGCGCUGCGCUCCUUCUCGGCUCUCCGCCUGUGCGAGGAGAAGAUGCCUUUGAGGCCCGUGGACUCCUGCGUGGCUCUGGUGCGUGUCACUCUCAGUUUCCUCUUGCCUCUUCUCCUCAUGACGUUCUGCUUUCUGAAAAUCUUCCUGGCAGUCCAGGGCAGCACGUUCACACAGGAGAGCGAUAGGAGGAAGAUCCAAUUCCUGCUGCUCCUCCUCCUCCUCACCUACACGAUAGCCUUCGCCCCGUUCCAGACCGUCAUGUUCCUCAGGGGUAUCUGGGAAACCGAUAUGUGCAGCUUCGCUCUGCGCAUGAGGGACGCCUACAUGGUAACUUUUGCCACCACGACCAUCAACAGCGUGGUGGAUCCCAUCCUCUACUGCCUCUGGAGUGAAGCUGCCAAGGUGGAGAUGAUCCUGCUGGUGCAGGGGUCCUGGAGAAGGUUUAGAAGGAUCCUGGCUUUGCAGUGAAAGAGCACUUCCUCCAUUUCAUAGCCAUGGGAGAGUGACUCGCCAAGGAACUCACGCCUCACUCGUCAUUAGACUGAGAUAUGGUUCAUUACUAUUCUUUAUCCAUACACACUGUUUGCAUUCUUCUUCUCCAAUGGCAUCCCGUUCAUAUUUGUCUUCUUGACUAAAACAAAUCCUUUCUGUGGAAUAUGAAAUCUACUGCAUCAGCAUAAGAUGAAUGUUAGCAAACCUGUGGGUAGAAAAUGUAUUAUAGAAUUAUUG